AUGGCGGCGAUUGCUCUUCGCAGGCUCUCCUCCACUCUCAAAUCUCCAAUUAAACCUUACUUCAAUGGCGGCUCCCUCUAUUCAAUGUCUUCCUUGCCUAAUCCUGCAGUUUCCGACAAAGACUCCGCUCGCGCCGCCUGGAUAAAGCAAUUGAAUGCACCGCUCGAGGAAAUCGAUCCCGAAGUAGCUGACAUUAUUGAGCUCGAGAAGGCUAGGCAAUGGAAGGGACUUGAACUUAUACCAUCAGAAAAUUUCACAUCAGUUUCUGUGAUGCAAGCUGUUGGUUCCGUUAUGACCAAUAAAUACAGUGAGGGUUACCCUGGAGCAAGAUACUAUGGUGGAAACGAGUACAUUGAUAUGGCCGAGAGCUUAUGCCAGAAGCGUGCUUUAGAAGCCUUUGACCUGAAUCCUGAAAAAUGGGGAGUAAAUGUGCAGUCUCUAUCUGGAUCCCCUGCUAACUUUCAAGUUUAUACUGCCUUGUUGAAGCCUCAUGAACGAAUCAUGGCCCUUGAUCUGCCUCAUGGAGGUCAUCUUUCACAUGGCUAUCAGACUGAUACAAAGAAGAUAUCUGCUGUGUCCAUUUUUUUCGAGACCAUGCCCUACAGAUUAAAUGAGAGUACGGGUUAUAUUGACUAUGAUCAGCUAGAGAAAAGUGCUGCACUAUUUCGACCAAAACUCAUAGUUGCUGGUGCAAGUGCUUAUGCGCGCCUCUAUGAUUAUGCACGCAUUCGCAAAGUCUGCGACAAGCAAAAGGCUGUUUUGUUGGCUGACAUGGCACACAUCAGCGGUUUGGUGGCAGGUGGUGUCAUUCCAUCUCCAUUUGAAUAUGCUGAUGUUGUGACCACAACAACACAUAAAUCGCUUCGUGGUCCUCGUGGGGCUAUGAUAUUCUUCAGGAAAGGGAUGAAAGAAGUUAACAAACAAGGGCAAGAGGUGAUGUAUGACUAUGAAGAUAAGAUUAACGCAGCUGUCUUUCCUGGACUUCAAGGGGGCCCACACAAUCACACAAUAACUGGUUUAGCAGUUGCACUGAAGCAAGUUAAAACCCCUGAAUAUAGGGACUAUCAAGAACAAGUUCUCAGUAAUUGUUCAAGGUUCUCGCAGAGCUUACUACAUAAAGGCUAUGAAUUGGUUUCUGGUGGAACAGAGAACCAUUUAGUCUUGGUGAACUUGAAAAACAAGGGUAUUGACGGAUCAAGAGUUGAAAAAGUUUUGGAGUCGGUUCACAUUGCAGCAAAUAAGAACACAGUUCCUGGUGAUGUGUCAGCCAUGGUUCCUGGUGGUAUUCGCAUGGGGACGCCGGCUCUCACGUCCAGGGGGUUCAUUGAGGAAGACUUUGAGAAAGUGGCCGAGUUCUUUGAUGCAGCGGUGAAGUUAGCGUUGAAGAUCAAAGCUGAUUCCAAAGGACCUAAGUUAAAGGACUUCACCGCAGCUCUAAAGUCAGAUGCACAGCAAUCGGAGAUCGCAAAGCUUCGUCGCGACGUUGAGGAGUAUGCAAAGCAGUUUCCCACUGUAGGAUUCGAGAAGGAAACCAUGAAGUACAGAGAUUAA